AUGGACCGACAAAGGACCUCUGUGGACGGAAUGCACCCAACAGCCCCCUUUAUUGCCCCUUGGGAGAGCCGGCCGUCCCUCCUCUCGGGGCUCCAGGACGGUAGGAAGCUGCAUCCCUGAGAGUGGGCGAGCCGAAGAGACCUAGGAGGGUUCAAAAGGCGGUGGAAGGAUACACGAGCCGCCGUCGGAACUACUUUCCGGAGGUCACGUGUGUUCCUAGUUGGGGAACUUUCCAAAUUCCCACUCCCUUAUGAUAGCUCCAGAAGCAAGUGCUUGGUUUCCUUCGCCCAGAGCGUUCCCGCCCCGCGCUGGCAGCGGGACCCCCAGACUUCCGGGCCGGCGGCGGGAGAAUAGGCUCAAUCGAGCCUGCUAUCGGAUCGCUGUCGGGACUGGCGCCUGGGGAGCUGGUUACACAAGCACCCACGUCCAAGCACGUGCCCCCGCCUCCACGCAUGCUGGACGCCGCCGCUGAUUCUUGCAAACCACAGAGCAAGAGUUCCCGAGGUGGUCCCACCCCUCGCCUGCUACCCACAGAGCAAGCUAAAGGGCCGAGACUUGAGACCUCUUGCUCUGGACCCGCAAACACUGCGCGUUCCCAACCGUGGGAGAAGGGGCUGGGCCUUGGGGGGUCUGGCGCAUCCCCUUCGCUGGUCCCCUGCUCUGUAGUGAGAACCCGUCUCGCCGUCUGCCCUCCGGGUAAAAGGUAUCUCCUGCAGCGGGCUAGCACGCUGCUUGGUCCGCCGAUGUUGCAAGAAACUUCCAGUCACUACCCCCGAGCAGGUUAGCGCGCCCCACCUACUGUAGACUCAGCCAAGUGACUUAUCUGGUCGGAAAACCUAGUCAAUGGCCGCCAGCCCAGAACAAACCUGUCAAGUCUGCUUACAGUCCCGAUUGGUCGACCUAUCCCCGCGAGAGGGUUAGUUCAGAAAUGCGGAGAACUGUAGCGCCUUUCCCCCGCAACACCGAUCAGCUACAAAGCCAGUAGUCCAUCUUCUGCUCGGAGAGGAUGGGCAUCUAUCAACGCCAAUUUGGGAAUUUCUCCGUUUUUAUUCUCUUCCCUGAGAAGUGGAACUCAAGGCAACUAUUUGAGUCCAGAAGUAUUUGACUUGGGAAUUCCAAACGUGGUGGGACCAGGCUGAGGCAUUGGUUGUUUUUCAAAAUUUGGGAGAAUGGGAAUCAGUUUGCAUGUGUGUUGCAAGAAUUGUGAGUAGAUGCCUAGGAAGGUCUAAAGAAGAUUCAUACAGUGAGAAAGAGGGUUAUGUAUGUGCUCAUCACAGUUGCAGGCAGCCCCUGAAGAUUAGAAAACCCAAGAGACCUAGCUUAAAAAUCACAGGCCAUUACCUAACUUCAGGACUACUAAUUAAGCCAGGAAUAUUUACAGUGUUCUUUGAGAUCUCUGAGGCGCCGUAAAAUUUUGCAUUUACAUACAUCAUCUUUUAAAAUAGCUCUCUGGGAGUUAGCAACCUGCUAGAGCUCGAAUGUUGAUACUAGAGGCUGAUUUUGUGCCUGGUUCUGAUCACCUUGGAGGAGGUAAGGAACCAGGUGCAAAAGGACAUAAAGAACAACCUAGGAAAGAGCAGGAAGAAAGGCCUACAUUUGCUUUUCAAAGAUGAAAACCCUGUCCACACGGUUCGUUAGGUGCCCUUGAGUCAAUUUCAGCACACAGCAACCUUGUGUGACAGAGUAGAAUUGCCCCAUGGAGUUUUCUUGUCUGUAACCUUUAGGAAAGCAGAUUGCCAGGUCUUUCUCUCGAGAAGCAGCUGCAUAGGUUCACACUGUCACACUGUCAACCGUUUGGUUAACAGCCUGAGUGAUUAACUGUUUACAACACCAGGGCUCCUUUGUGAGUUAAAGAUUUCUCUAUUUUGCCAAUAACCAAGAAUAAGUAGUCCUUGAUAUCCAGUUGUUCCACUAUAUUGGUGUAGUGGUUAAGAGCUAUGGCUGCUAACGAAAAGGUAGGCAGUUCAAAUCCACCAGGCACUCCUUGGAAACCCUGGGGCAGUUCUACCCUGUCCCAUACGGUCGCUAUGAGUUGGAAUCGACUUGACAGCAAUGUUUUUUUUCCACUACAUUGUAUAGUAACCUGAGCUGUGCCCAAUUGAGUAUUACCUACUGCUUGGUGGGGAAAGGAAAACUGAAAAUGAAGUUAAAUGAAGGGAAGUAGAAUGGGGAAGGGUGAGAAGUCCCACAUUUGUUUCUCAGGCUGCUGAUCUUGUCCCGAGUCCCUCUUAUUAGCACUACCCUGCUCCACCACUCCCCUGCAGCCUAUCCUAUGUAAGGAUUAGCCUCACAGCAUCUGAGAAGCUCAGAAAUCCUCUCCUUUGGAAGAAAAGGGGUUCAUUCCUGUCCCUGUUGGUGUUAGACCUGGAAAGAGAAGAUUCCAUUCAACUCUCAUGGCACCAAGCUGUUCUGGAGCAGAGAGGGUGCUUCACCAACCCUGAAGUGCUGGAAGAUGAAACCAGCCUGCAAGCACUUCCACCCUGCUGAAGGAAGAAAACGGGAAACUGGGUUUUGCUGCUUCUCUGUGCAUCAGGUCCCUCUACUUCUCUCUAGUGGUGAAUGAAAGGAUCACCAAUGCUGGCAGAUAUUUGGCCAGUCUGACAGCUACAUCAGGUGGUUAGGAGGAGUUGCUGGAUAAAAACCUCCCCUUUGCAGUGUUAAUUAAGUACGAUCCUGAAGGAAAUAACUGAUGAAUCCUUUUUCAUUUUUUUGUUUUUCUUCACUUCUUUCUUGUAUCCAAGUGGAGCUGGUCCCUAUCUAAAGUACAAAAAGUAAAAAUAAAUAAUAAUAAUAAUAUCUUUUCAGUUCACUUGCAAAUACCUCCUUGGGUAUACAAAUAUAACAAUACACUGGUUUCCAACCACUUCAGUUCUUUACCUGUCUGGGUUCAGAAUGCCCAAGGAAGAAACAGAAGCUUAUAACAAAAGGAGAAAUAUAUAAAGCUUCAGGAAGGCUAACUAGAUAGAGUAAUUAGUGAACAUGAUAAAUCAGGUUUAAUUAUAGUUUCUAACAGCCAUUUCCAAAACUGUAUUCUUAGAACCCCUAAAGAACGUCCAAAGAAAUCCUUGUCUUAUUUUCUUUGGUAAGUGAAAAUGACCAGCAACUUGGUGUGCAUGAUAUAAAUAGUUGAUGCGCUCUUUGUAGGUCCUGCUGCUAAAAUGUUUUUAUGUGAACACUCUGAUCGCUGCAGUGCCUUUCUCAUCUCCCACACACUGACCUUUCAAAUAGAAAUCUAAAUCAAUAGCUUUAAUUUUUAAGCAAUCUGCUCUAUUUUUAUCUGUUUAACCACUGUUUUCUAAGCAAUACAGAAGAGAAAAACGUAAUAAUUACAAGUUUGGAUUUAAACAACCCAUUCUUCCAAGGAUCCAAAGGCUUUUCCCUUAUUUCAUUUAUCCUAAUGACCAAUACUGUUGUUCUUUCAAGUAAAGAUAGUUUGCCCCAGAUGUUUCUCCAGAAUGUACUGCUGUGCAUAAUACACAUAACAGUAUUUUAAAAGAAAUUUUUCCAUCACGGUCUAUAAGCUUUUCAUGUUCUAAAUCUCUCCUGGAGCUAUUUCAGAUGGCACUGUGCCUCCUUUCACGUCUCAACAAAGAGGUGUGCUCUGUGAAAUCAUCACUCUCAGAUAAGUAAGCGUUGGGCUGGGUGCUCCUGGGGAAACUACAGAGCAGACCAGGCAUUCAGUGUGUCCAAGUGGCAUUGAGAAAUUAUGACCAGGGAGUAGACUGGAGAAUGAUACAAAAGACCUGACAUAACAAGACAGGUUUGGAAAAUAAUUCUGAUAUACCAGUAGAUGUUGGAGUCAUCUAACAGGUGCUUCACGGAGCAGCCUAUAUUUGUCCAGGUUUAGAAGGGGCAUUGAGAAGGAAUUGAGGUUGAUCACUGCUUCACUCCUAUGAAUCUUUCCCAUCAGAACAUCCUUCUGGACUCUGAGGCAUCACUUUUUAAGUGACGUACUUAAAAAGAGCACCUUUUAAAAAACUGCAUGGGGCAUACUCUAUUUAAAGUAUCUUUUUUACCUUGAUCGUACAGGGUCUUAUCCCCAGUCAUUCAUUGAAUGAUUCAAUCAACAGAUAUUUGUGGGUCUAUUAUAUGCAGAGCCCAGGUGGCAGAGUAGUUAAAGAGAUCGGCUGCUUAUCAAAAGGUCGGCAGUUUGAAUCCACCAGCCGCUCCCUGGAAACCCUGUGGGGGAGUUCUUCUCUGUUCUUUAGGGUCACUAUGAGUUGGAAUCGACUCGACGGCCAUGGGUAUUAUGUGCCAGUACUGUGCUAAGGUCUGUGGACAGAGCAAUGACUGGAAAAUAGGGUUCAGCCUUUAUGGAAUUUAGUCUGCCUUUUAAACUUCACUGGGUGACACUAUUGCAACCUCUUUACAGCCUAUGGGAUAAAGUGAAAACAAUAGAAAAUACUCCCACAUUUGAUAAUUCUUUCAAUUAUCCAUUACAAACCAUCCAUUCCUGCUUAAAACAACAACCAUUUAUUUGCUCACGUUCUGAAAUUUGGGGAGGCACAGCUGGGUAGCUCUUCUGCGGCUCAUGAUGUCAGCUGGUGUCACAUAUGUGAUUGCUUUCAGUUGAGAGUUUGGCUGAGGCUGCCCAAGAUGGCUUCACCUACAUGUCUGGCACCUUGCCUGGAGUAGCUGAAAUGGCUGGGGGCCUCACUGUCUUCCUGUAGUUGGUCAUCAUUCAGUAGUUCAGCCCAAGCUUUUUUACAUUGCAUUUGUGUUCCAAGAGGGUGAAAGCAGAAGCUGCAAGAUCUCUUACAGCCUGGAUUUAGAAGUUCCAGAAUGUCACUUCCAUUGGAUUGGUCAAAGCAAGUUGCUAGUGCAGCCCAGAUUCAAAGGAAGGGGAAAGAGACUGUACUUCUUGAUGAAGGAGUGACAUGCAUGUGCUGGGAUGGGAAGACUUGUUGGAUGUCAUGUUUGGAAACACCUUACUUUAAGUCAACUUCUGGUCACAACAAAUUACACUCCUUCCUCCAACACAUGCAAAAUACACUCACCCUCCCCAAAAUUAUCAUUCUCUUCGGCACUGGCUCUAAGCUGUAGAUGUGGAUGAGGCAUAUCAGAUGUCGCUCCUCUUCAUCUGGGGAUCUGCGAUCUAAAAAGUCAAGUUACGUGUAUUCAUCAUGUACCCUGAAGUAGGGAUAGGAUAACAGCAAUAGACACUCCUGUUAAAAAAGAGGGAAAGUGGAAGGCACAUAGCGAUUCACCAGUCCAUAAAAGCUCAGAAAUCCAUCCAGGCAGUGUCACCCUGACUCAAGAGUAUAUUUCUCAAUUACGGCCUGGUUUGGCUUCCUGGGAGUAGUUUCCUAAUCCAUUGUUCUCAAUGGCUCCUGGCUCCCUGGGGUCCUGGAUAUAUCCUCUGAGUCAAUCUUUCUUUUCCAUAAGAAAUUGCCUGUCAUUUACAGUUGAAUAGCUCUCUG